AUGCCUGCCACUAUGCCCCAAAGCUAUCACCACCAACACAUCCUGGCCCCAAUGCCCUCCUCAAAGUCCUCAGGAAACGGCAGCAACGGGCCGACCGGCACGGGCACCACGGGCACCACUGCCAGCACAACCAGCAACACCAACGGCGCCAGCGGCAUAAACAGCAAGUCCUUCUCGACAUCAACCUUCACCCAGGAGAUCUCCCGCGCCAUGCAGGCCUCUUCCUCGCAGCAGCCCAAGUACGCCGCGUAUCCGCGCGUCAUGGAGGAUAGGUUCGAGCAUCCACCUCCGCCGCCGCCCUCGCCGGUGGGCUGGUCGAGGUCUUAA